AUGGGGUUCAUCUACCCGGUGGCAUCCCAUUGGGUAUGGCACCCGGAGGGAUGGUUGAAGAGGACGGCAUUCAAGGACUACGCCGGGGGAGGCGUGGUGCACAUGCUGGGUGGAACGUGCGCUCUCGUCGGUGCUGUCCUCAUGGGUCCUCGCAUCGGACGGUUCCAUGGGAAGACCGGCGAACCACAUGACAUUCGAGGCCAUUCGAUCCCUUUGGCUGCACUGGGCGGAUUCAUCCUGUUGUUCGGUUUCCUGGCAUUCAACGCCGGUUUCCGGGGUCACAUCAGCCAUCUGGGCGACAGCGAAGUCAUCAGCCGAGCCAUAGUGAAUGCCCUCCUUGGUGCAUGUGGAGGCGGGAUCGGGGCCCUCGUCAUCCACCGCGUUGGCACCUUCGGACCGACGCGUGCCUGGAGCUUCCUCAUGACCCUCAACGGUGCCCUCGCUGGUCUUGUCGGGGUGUGUGCGGGGAGUGACGUCUACCCAACGUGGGCGGCUCUGGUCGUCGGCGUGGGGGCAGGAUUCACCUUCCUCUGCCUUCACUUCCUCCUCCUCAGGCUCAAAAUUGAUGACCCUCUGGACGCGUUCCCAGUUCAUUUUGGGGGCGGAUUCUUCGGGAUCGUGGUCGUCGCAAUCUUCAUGGAAAAUGGAAUCAUCUUCAAUCCCACCAAGAACGCUGCCAUGGUGAGUUUCAAAUUAUAA